UAUGUACGUCAGGAGUGUGGGGAAACAGCUGGCAAAUUGCAUACACAUCAGCUUCCAAAGUUGACACGUUAUGAACCUGGCAGGACCUAUCUCUCCCCCGUCGUUUCUGGUGACGAACAACUCAUGCGUCAAAAAGGAAAGUCGGGAACCGAAGAGCCAGGUUUUGUAAUCCGGGAAUGGGGGACAUGAAAACCCCAGAUUUCGACGACUUGUUGGCAGCCUUUGACAUUCCAGACAUCGAUGCCAAAGAGGCCAUCCAGUCUGCACCGGAAGAGGGUGGGGAGGGGUCAGGGAAGGUCGGGGGAAGCGUGUCGGGGGCCAGGGGGCCCUCACCAAGACCUUCCAGCCCCACUGACUCCCCUCCCAACUCCCAAAGUGAGCCUCCAGUGGUCAGUGUGAUUGUUAAGAACAGGGUGAGGCCUGACUCCUAUGAAGAGACUGAGGGGUCCGAUGAAGAGGAUGGGGACAGCCCUGGGGGCAGUGGGACAGACCUUGAGGUGGAGACUGGGACGGGAGUCAAGGGGGGCCUGCUGAAUUCACAACUGGCUCCUAGGAUGCCUGGUCUCGUCUCCUCAGAACCUCUUCUCCAGAAUGGGUUUGAGGGAUCCACAGUCACGCUGGAGCCCAGUGUGAGAGGCCAGGGGCUGGGCCAGGCAUUGGGUCAGGCCAACGGGGAACUCUGGUCAACCUGCUCCCCUCCCACUGCGAGUGAAGGAGGGGGCAGCAUUGGAGGCGCAGGGGGGUCGGCCUGCACAACCAAACAUACAGUUAAUAUUCUCAACAGACGGAAACCUCUCUCCUCUCAUACCUCUGCUGGUCCUAUAACCUCCACAUCCUCAUCAUCAUCAUCGUCCUCACUCUCUAUCAACCCACACCUCUCUUCUCCCUCCAUCCUGAGUGAGGACACUCUGUGCCCUCCCGGGCCUCUUUCCUCCCCCCCUCCCUCCAACGGAAGCCUGAGAGUGGGGGUGAGGCGCAUCAUGGACUCGGAUGAGGACGACUCUGAACCGGAUUUGGGAAGCCCGCUAGUGAUUCAAGAGAGCCCAGAUUCUCCCAUGUGCUCCCCUCCCAAAUUUCCACGCAGACACUGCCAAGUGUCCUCUUCAGAGCUGUUCAGCUCCCCAACUCCCCCCUCCCCUCCUCUCCUCUCUUGCCCUCCUCCUCUCUCCUCCAAACCCCCUCCCUCCAUCUCUCAGACAUCCUCCAGCUCUAAACCGCCCCCUCCAGAUGAAGUACCCUCCACCCCCAGGUCUCCCUCCCCUCCUCCUGCCCAGGCCCGUCAGUCCUGGCUGGCUGCCGCCCUCAGUAACCCCAGACCCAUCUCUAGCCCAGUGAUGGAGGAAAGAAACCCGGAACAUGUGAUCGAGGAGAGGGAUUCACCAGAGAGCCCCCCGCCUGACCAGACAGGUUCUGCUAUGUCCACUUUGUCCAAGAGGAGCUCCAGCCCGGCACCAACCUCAGCAUCAACUCAACAGGGGGCUAGAGAGGGAGAGGAGCCCAUGGCGAGUGAGCCUAGCCUGGAGUGCAGAUCAGACAACAGUGAGAAGAUGGAGGUUGUGGAUGGAAGACAAACAGGAGACACAGAGACGGCUCCGGCCAAUUCUACGACAACACCAACAGCCCCCGUUCGCCCACUCAAAGUCCGAAUCAAAACAGUCAAGACCCCGACAGGCAGCAUCACCAGGACAGUGACACGAGUAGCAUCCAAAGGAGCAGGGGGGACCCCCUCAAAAGGCGCAGAUGGUUCCAAACCCUCCCCCGGGGGUCGUAAGGUCCUCAGCCGGCCCAAGAGGGUGGCAUCUCAGCAGCCUCCGCAGCAGAAGUCAAAGGGUGGCAGCCUCCUGCCUGUGUCUACACUCCAGGAUGCAAGUACUGCCAUGUUGAUGGCUGCCAGCAAGGCCCAAAACAAGAUGGCCGCCGACAGCAACAAGCCCAAAGUGUCGGCUACGGCUGUUAGCAUCACCAAGUCAGCAGCCCUCCCCUCUGUCUCUUCCGCCUCUUCCUCCUCCCCCAGAUUCAGUCCAGGGGGGGCUGGCGUGCGCAGCCUGGGCCAGAAGACCCUGAAUGGGGGUGUGUCUGUGUCCCCCUCCCCCCUCCUCACCCCUCAGGGGGGCAGUAGACCAGCCUCCAUAGUGAACAGUACAGGAGCCAUUAUCUCCAGGAGCCAGUCCAGUCUGGUGGAGGCCUUCAACAAGAUCCUCAACAGCAAGAACCUGCUGCCCAGCUACAGACCAGACCUCUGUACACCACUACCACCGGAGUGGGACCUGCCUCUGCCUGCACAGGGCUACCGCUGUCUGGAGUGUGGCGAUGCGUUUGCCCUGGAGCGCAGCCUGGCCCGCCACUAUGACCGGCGGUCCCUGAGGAUUGAGGUGACUUGUAACCACUGUGCCAAGCGGUUGGCAUUCUUCAACAAGUGCAGCCUGCUGCUCCAUGCCAGGGAACACAAGGAGAGGGGACUGGUCAUGCAGUGUUCCCACCUGGUCAUGAGACCUGUCAGUGUAGAGCAGAUGAUAGGCCAACAGGACACCACUCCCAUCGGCAUGCUCUCUCCCUCCCUCUCCACCUCCUCUGUCCCAGCGUCCUCUGCUCCGGCUGUGACUUCAGCCGUGACCCCGGCAACCCUGAGCCCCGCCCCCCAGCUGCAGCAGCCAAUCAUCAGUAAGAAGGCGACAGAGCCGGUGCUGUACACCAAUAACAAGUGUCCUGAGUGUAAGGUGCAGUUCUGCAGCAAGGCUGAGGUGGCUGCCCACUUCCAAGAGGUCAAACCAGCCCUUAACACUUCCUGUACGGAGUGUUCUCCUCCCAUGCUCCUUCCUAACGGCUGCAGUGCCUCUGCUCACGCUCGCAUCCACAACCCCCGCCCCCCCUAUGUCUGCCCAGAGUGUGGGGGUGUGGCCAAGCAGCCAGCCUUUCAAUCCCAUUUGGAGGAGGCCUGUCUCCAUUUCACACGACGCAUCGGAUACAGGUGUUCUAGUUGUCAGGUGGUGUUCGGAGGGUUAAACUCGGUCAAGUCCCAUAUCCAGACGGCCCACUGUGAGGUGUUCCAUAAGUGUCCCAGCUGCCCGAUGGCCUUCAAGUCCUCCCCCAGCGCCCAGAGCCACAUCAACACCCAGCACCCCACACUCACUGGAGGACAGGCCAAGAUGAUCUACAAGUGUGUGAUGUGUGACACGGUAUUUACCCAGAAGCCACUGCUGUACGUCCACUUUGACACCCACCUAGUCAAGCAGAAGGUGCACGUGUUCAAGUGUCCUGAGUGCCCCAAGCUCUACGCGCAGAGAAGUUCCAUGCUGGAGCACAUCAAGACUACUCACAGAGGCCCUGCGGUCAAACAGGAAGUUCCUGUUGCCAUGGCGCCCUCUCCUGCCCCUCCCCCCCGGGUGCGGAGCUCAGUGAAGACGGAGAGCUCUGACGGAGAGGAGUGGGGAAGGGAGGAAGAGGAGGAGGAAGAGAGGGAUGGAGAGACCAAUAAGACAAGCCCAGGGUGGAGCUGUGCUCCCUGCCACGCCCGCUACGCUGACAGAGAGGACUACAUUACCCAUAUGGCCGAGCAGCAUGGCAAGAUCCUGAAGAAGUUCCCGUGUAGUCUGUGUGAGAACUCCUUCUCCUCCACGUCCAGCCUCAGACGCCACAUCAGAGUCAAACACAAGGGCAUCAAACGAGCAUUCCACUGCCGGUUGUGUGGUGAGGGUAAGAGGACGUUCAGCAGUAGACUGGUGUUGGAGAGACAUGUCCAGCUGAGACACGGCAUGUCAGCUCUGGACACAAAGCGAGGGAGGGGUGCAGAAGGGGCCGACAGUUCCUCGGAGCAGGACGGAGGCUCCAACCCUCCGUUCACUGUUUCAGCUGAGGAAGACGGAGGAGGAGGGUUGAAGACUGAGGAGGAAGAGGACGAUGUGACCGAGGGCAUCAUCCCUGCUAAGAGACCUCGCGUCACCUCCUCGGCCCCCCCUCCCCAGCCAGAGUCUGGGUUCCACUGUACUCCGUGUGGCUUCACCACUGAGGACCGCGCCGUCUUCCUGGACCACAUCCCCCAGCACCGCUCCGAGGCCCUGGGGGGAGGAGUCAGCCUGCAGUGUCUACAGUGUGGAGCCUGUUUUGCCUCCGCCCCCUCCCUCUCCCGCCACCGCUUCAUCAGCCACAGGGUUCGAGACACGCCCCCUGACAACCACAGCCGUCAAGGCCAUAACGACCGCUCCCUGACAUCCUCGCCCGGCAAUGGUGGUAACCACGGUGACGGGAGUCCCAGAGGGGGUUCCCUGCCGGGGUCUCCCUCUUCCUCGUCUCACCCCCCCACACCGCUGGGGGAGGACGGGGAGGGCAGGGUGGGGUGUAAGGUGUGUGGGAAACGCUUUGAGAAGGUCUCGGAUCUGAACACACACUUCAGGACUCACGGCAUGGCCUUCAUCACUGCACGCAAGACAGACAAACCUGUCUGAGAGAGGGAGGGGAAGGAGGAGGAGAGAAAGAUAAUAUUUUGGAGGGAAGGAUGGUGAGAGAGUACUAUAAACUGCAUAUAUUUUAGUAAGAGAGAGGAGGUAUGGGAAGGAAAGCUCUUCACUGUAAACUGUUCUUCAGCAGUGUGUUCGUGUCAUCACGUAUUCAACACCCAAGCACAUUGUGAUAAGUUGUUUUCAUUCAAUGCUUAUUUAAUUUUCUGUCACAUUUGUCAUAUGGCAGCCAUAACCUGUGUGUGUGUGUGUGUGUGUGUGUGUGUGUGUGUGUGUGUGUGUGGACGGCUCAUAAUAAUGGCUGGAACGGAACAAAUGGAAAGGCAUCAACCACAUGGUUUCCAUGUGUUUGAUGUAGUUAAUACCAUUCCACUGAUUCCACUCCAGCCAUUACGAGCCCAUCCUUCCCAAUUAAGGUGCCACCAACCUCCUUUGGUUGUAAAUUACUUAUGAAACGCAUUAUUACAGGUUAUAUUACCAAAUAACACUUCCAUUCAGAAGUGUACUUUUUAAAAUGGAGACAGUUAACUACCAGUCAGUUUACAGCUGAGUUCUAUUAGGUUGCUGUUGUCUGUCAUCAACAGGGAAUGUGACUGGUGUUGGAAGAGACUAGUCAACAUGGGGGUGUGAUUUGCUUAUCGAUUUGAAUGUUUCAGUUUUCUAUGGUUCAUCCAAGCACAGAAUCUCACAGUGGAUUGGUGACAGCCACCACUGGUCAUUCUCUGUGUAGAUCCCGUCCCAGUUCUCAUUCUCACUAUUGCAUUGAUUUUCUUAUAGUUUUGUUCAUAGUAUUUGAUUUAAGGGUUUAUGUAUGUGCAGGUAUUUGUUUUUCAUUGUAAGCUCUGGAUUGGCUUUGUCUGUUGAAUGUUCUCCGUUCUCAUCCCCGUCCGUCUAGCCAUAUAGUAUGAUCAGGGAUGAGAUUGGCUCCACAGAGACGUCAGGCAGAGUAUUCCUGUUGAUCCGGCCUUGUAACAUCAGAAAACAUCCCAUCUCAAGAUGACCCUCUAUAACCUGGAGGGGUUGGACCCUUCCAUUAGUAAAGUGUGGUUGUACUUGACCACAACUGAACCAUAACCAUGUAAAUAUGAGUACUAGACAUCUAUCCUCUUUCUCUCUCUGAGAGGGAGGGAGAUAUGGAUGGAGUGAUAGUGAAACUCCUGGUGUAGGAGGAGAGGUGUGAAGGGUUGAGGACAGUGAUUGUAUGCUAAAGAAAAGCAUCUAAGGCGUAUUGAACUACAGUAAAACAAAAAAUAUAUAUUUUAAGUUUAAAAAGUUAGUCACCCAAUCAGCGGUGUUAACUGUUCUCUUCUACUCUUUUGAUAAAGGUAUUGUGUGCGUGUCUCCAGCUAGAGUUUCUUCAGUCUUCAGAGAUUACAAUGUUAUCACACAGCCCUCUUUCCCCCUGUAACCCAAUUCUAUGUUUUCUUUCUUGCGUAGAGCAUUUCUAAUAAAAUACCCAGAGAUAAAGUGA